GUUUGGCCAAAGUUGAGUUGCCAUUCAUGUAUCCCAAGCCUAACAACGAGUCCCAACACAGGAGUCCAUUACUGCCCGAUAAUAAUACACUCAAACUAUUGCAAGCAAUCAAUUACUUUAGGAAAACAUAUUUCCGGUUUGGCGUCUGUUUUCCUUCCACUUGUAAUCCAAAAGAGAUUAAUCGGGCGUUGAAUACAAUUAUGUCUCCGAGUGGUAAACAAUACGUUGAGAUUGAGAAAGAGUGUAACGUCAAGAAUAAGGAUAUUAAACGCAAUGGCUAUCAACGGACCGCACAAUCAAUAUUCAUAACCCUGGUAAUAUUAGUUCUGCUGAGUACUGCCAUAGAGUUUUAUUACAAUUAUAAAACCAAGAGUUUUGGCCGCAAACUUGUCAUAAAACAAUCGUUGUUAAUAUUCUCGGCCAUCAGUAACACCAAGUUGUUAUUCAAGAAAAGUCCAAAACAUUUGAACACAAUUAGCACAAUAUUAUUGAUCUUUAUAUCGUUGGAACUGUUGGGCCGAUCGUACGUUCAGCCCGUGUUUUACAACAAUAUCGGUCUUCGGCGACAAAAUACGGGCAUAACUAAGGAGUUCUCAACCGCUAAGAAGUUCUUUUGGCUCAGAAACAGCUCGUAUUCGAUGUCCAUAUUUAUUCUGAUGAGUGCAAUUGUUUUGGCGUACAAUAUAUGCGGUGAUAAACUAUUUAAUAAACCGAUACUUAAGUCUAUUUCGGCGUAUAAUUGGCCCCAUAUUACUUGUAAUAUGCCCAGCGCCACAUUCUCAGCAAUAUUUCAACUGCACAUAUUUGCGCCGCUAUUACUCCUACUGAUCAAGCUCAAACACGUUGGAUUUGCCAUACUAGCUCUACUGGCCGGUGUUGGUUGUUUUUUAAGCAUAGUACCAAGGUUAUUCAUGGACUUUCGGAUAAUGCCCUACGAAGUAGACCGCAUGGAAUCCACAACCGAAAUGAGCCAUUCAUUCAUACACUACUUGGGCUCUACUGAGCAAAACAUCUCUACCUUCAUAGUGGGUCUGGUGUGGGGUUAUCUCUUACGCUGUAAACCCGAUGCACUCAACAAAGUGGGCAAAAACGGUGUGCUUUGCCUUUGGGUUGGUUUUAUGAUAUUACCCCAAAUCGCCAGCGCGUGGGGCGAGACAUUCAAAGCAACCAAAGGGGGGUUUAAUGAGAAAUCAUUUCUGGUGUGGUUUCUGAGUGGGCGUGUGUUGUGGGCGUUGGGUUACGGAUGGAUUGUAUACGCGUGUAGGAUUAUACAGCGAUUUUUCAACUACCAGCCCAUACAACCAUUGGCUAAACUGGCGUUUGGUAUAUACCUGUCGCACAUCAUUAUUAUAGGCACCCGACUGUUGGCCAUUAGAGAGACUUAUGUUAUGACACACUCAGGGAUUGUAAGUAAUAGUCAAUUAAAAAAUUAAAUUAGUAAUUGACGUGAUUUUUGUUACCAAAAUAUAAUAAAAAUAAAUAAUACUAUACAAUUAAAUCAA